AAAGGAUCCCUUUUGCAAUAACCACGAAUGUAGUUUUUCACUUUCUUGUGUAUCGCUUCUCAUAUUCGAUUUGCCAUUCUCGAUCCUCAACACUGCCAUACCAGAGAUGACGACCAACACACCACCUGUUGACCUGAGACAGUGGAUUGAGCAACGUCAAAAGUCAGCCAAGCAUGACCUGGCUACUUCGUCUGUCAGUCCGCUAUCUGUGUCGGAUCUGCUCGAAAUAUCCGAAGACAAGAACAAAUCGAGAGAAGCGUUGUCUCUGGACAAUGUGACUCUUGAAGAUCGUCUGCGGACAGGAGAUGGCCUCCGCACCAAUCUGGCCGCGCUCUAUUCUGCUCGUGCCGCUGGAGUCACUGCGGAUGACAUAAUUCUCACAGCUGGUCCUUCUGCUGCAGCAUUCACACUACUGUCCUCCAUUCUAGUUGCGGGCGAUCAUGUCAUAUGUCAAUCCCCAGCCAACAAUUCAUUCGUACAGAUCUCGAGGAGUCUAGGGGUAGAAGUCACAUAUUGGAAGUCUACAUCAGCUAACAAGUGGCGGCUACAAGCAAACGAUGUCCAGAGCGACAUCAAGGACAACACAAAGGCCAUCAUUCUUCAAAGUCCCUGCGAUCCCACCGGAGCGAUCGUGCCGAAGCCUGUCCUCGAAGAGCUGAUGGAUCUGGCCGCAGAAAAGGGCAUUCUGAUCAUCGCCGAUGAAACCUUUCGCCCUUUGUUCCACUCCAUUCUACCCUCACACGAAGACUUCUCGCCUUCGACCAUCAACUUCGGGUACAAGAAAGUAGCUGUCGUUGGCUCAAUAACCAAAGCAUACAGCCUACCUGGUAUCAAUGUCGGAUGGAUUGCAUCGAGAGAUCAGUCAAUUAUUACUGCUUGCAAACAAAAGAAGUCUUUCAUCACGCCCUCGAUAUCGAAGCUAGAUGAGACUGUGGCUACAGAAGCAGUGAGUGAUUGGUGCAUACAUGCUUUGUUAGCACGAAACAUCAGAUUGUGUCAGGCCAACCUUGACCUUCUCGAGGCUUUCAUUAGUGAACACAGUUGGGCGUGUUCAUGGGUAAAGCCACUCGCAGGAACAACAGCUUUGCUCAAAUUUCACAAAAUGGGCAAACCCGUCAAUGGCGAAGCGUUCUCCAACGCCCUUCUCUCGCAAACUGGGCUUCUGGUCGUACCUGCGGCCACAUAUCACGGCGAAGCUGUUGACCUGCGGGGGUAUGUAAGCGUCGCAUUUGGUGGAUCAACCGUUCAAUUCGAAGCCGCACUAGCUGCUUGGAAGCAGUUCAUGGAAGAGAGUUAUGAUACAGUCCCGGUCGUGGCAAAAAGCUCGAAUGACCAAGGCCAGUAAUUCACCUCAUCAAUUGUUGAGCGGAUCUUAUCUCGGCCGUUGUGCCAUAUUCCCAUCAUGUCACUCAUACAAGAGUGAACAAAUCCUUCCAAGUAAUUUUAGAUCAGAGAUGCCUUCAUCGCGUCCGUUAAUGUAACAAGAGAGAUGUGCCGGACGCCGAUAUCAUAGUCACCAACCAGUCCUCCUACAGGCCACUUAAGCUCCGAAGAGAGAGCUUGUAGGAUUCAAGGAAGGAACAGAUCAAAG